CCCGAGUCGGGCCUGGACGUUCCAAAUUUCUCCAAAUAUUUCAAACAACACCGGCUUCAUUGCCUGAUCAACGGUUCCGGGAGAUCCUGCCAUCAAUACUGCGCUACUAUCUGGACGGGGUAUCUUCCCACUUGGAUCUGAUGAACUACAGCAAAAUGUAAGUGAGCUGCAGGGCGUUCCCAUUCGACUCGAGUGCCACGUCAAAGCGAUGAAGGAGGUGUACUCGAGGGGGCGGGGCGGGGCUCACGGUGGCCAAUACAAUAAUCUGCUGUUCGACACUGUCGGGUCAAAUUGAUUCAUAGACACAGCGUUGAAGGUAGAUUCCCUAGAGGAUAUUAUCUUAGCCCUAACCCAGCAGUGUGAUCAUUGUCAUGGAGAGCACCAGAAGCAGACUGGCCCAUAGGCUAGCUGAAGCCGGCCAGUCUCACCUUGUGCAGUUCUGGGACGAGCUGACCUCCGAGCAGCAAGCUGAAAUGACCUCUGACUUGGAAGCUAUGGACUUCCAAGAGAUCAACAAGUUCUUCCGCAGCGCCAUGGAGGCGUCGCACAGCAGCAAGCAGGAGAAGAUGGAUGCCCGCAUGGAGCCAGUACCCAGGGAGGUGUUGGGCAGCGUGACCAGGGACAGAGACUGCCUCAAGGACUGGGAAGAGAAGGGUCUGCGGUGUAUCUCCCAGAGCAGCGUGGCUGUUCUCCUCCUAGCGGGAGGCCAGGGGACCAGGCUGGGGGUUUCCUAUCCUAAAGGCAUGUACGACGUGGGCCUGCCCUCCCACAAGACCCUGUUCCAGAUCCAGGCAGAGAGGAUACUGAGGCUGCAACAGCUGGCAGAACAGAGACAUGGAGCCAAGUGCUGCAUCCCCUGGUACAUCAUGACGAGCGGCCGGACCAUGGAGUCAACUAAAACGUUUUUUUCGCGCCACAGCUACUUUGGGUUGUGCAAAGACAACGUGAUAUUCUUCCAGCAGGGCAUGCUGCCUGCCAUGGACUACAAUGGCAAGAUCAUCCUGGAGAGCAAAAACAAGCUGGCCAUGGCCCCAGAUGGUAACGGGGGUCUUUACAGAGCUCUGGGUACCCAGGGGAUCGUGGAGGACAUGGAUCGGAGGGGGGUCAAGUUCAUCCAUGUCUACUGUGUGGACAACAUCCUGGUUAAAGUAGCAGACCCUGCCUUUGUUGGCUUCUGUGUCCAGAAAGGAGGAGACUGUGGGGCUAAGGUGGUGGAGAAGACCAAUCCAACGGAGGCGGUGGGCGUGGUCUGUAAAGUCGACGGACGUUACCAGGUGGUAGAGUACAGCGAGAUCACCUUGGCUACGGCUGAGAAGCGCAGCGUGGACGGACGGCUGAUGUUCAAUGCAGGAAACGUGGCCAAUCACUUCUUCACCCUAGCCUUCCUCAGGGACAUCGUCCAGACGUUUGAGCCUCAGCUGCAGCAUCACGUGGCCCAGAAGAAAAUCCUGUAUGUGGACACGCAGGGACGGCUAAUCAAACCCGACAAACCCAACGGGAUUAAAAUGGAAAAAUUUGUCUUUGACAUCUUCCAGUUUGCCAAGGCCUUUGUGGUGUAUGAGGUUCUUCGUGAAGACGAGUUUUCUGCCCUGAAGAACGCCGACAGCCAGGACGGUAAAGACACGCCCACCACGGUGAAACACGCCCUCAUGUCCCUGCAUCACCGCUGGGUCCUCAAUGCUGCAGGACACUUUAUAGACGAGAACGGGACACGUGUGCCUGCUAUACCCAGAGAUGGACCUGCAGGAUGUGGCACAGCUGAUGUCAACCAGAAUCUGAAGGAUGGAACAGACCUGCCAAUCAAAUGUGAGAUCUCCCCACUGGUGUCCUAUGGCGGAGAGGGUUUGGAGGCGCUGGUGAGUGGGCGAGAGUUCCGCCCUACCCUGGUCAUCGACGAAAGUGGAGCCCACGAACUGGUGAAGAAUGGCUUGUGAGGGAUGGAAAAUGGAGGGAGGGAGAGAGAGCGAGUGAGCAAAAACCAGAGAUGAGCCAAAGACCUAUUCCACUCACUCUCCUCCUCCCUACAACUGGAAGAAACUGUGACGAUUGUUUCCGUGCAAUAAUGCUGCGUUCAUUUGCUUUCCUAAAUAAUUGAAACACAAUGCAUUUCCAACAUCCCAAAACAAGCUUCUUAAUUGGAAUUGUAAGUGGGAAACCUGUACUAUAACUCAGUACCAUGAGAUCCAACCCCCAGUUGGAAUGUUUUCCAAAUGUUUUUUUUCUUUCUGAGGAGCACGUGGCCGCAGCACAGGAUGAAGGACAGAAGCCUUGUGGGGCUGGAUGAAGCAGUCUGAAGAUCAAGCUAUUUAUUUUGCUUAAGUCCAAUGUUUUUAUCUGUCUUGUAGAUGGAAAUUACCACCUAUGCAUUUUACCAAGUGAUUUGUACAUACAGAUACAAAUAGAGAUAGGUAUAGCAAUUGUAGUCAGAUGAACCUAAUAUAAAUGAUUGAUUUAUUAUUAACAUGUAAUGUUGGUUCAUGGAAAUCGUUUUUUAAUGAUAACUGGGUUGCAUAGCGCACUACUGCUAGUCUUCUGCCUGAUUGGCUUCCAAAUGACGCUGUUCACAUAAGAAUUGUUUUCCAUUUUCUUUAUUAAAGAAAUAUCCAAUUUGAA